GACAGCUGAAAUGAACCAGUGAGGCUACAACGUGAGGCCACUGGGGCUGCAUUGUCACUCUCCUGAUAACCGUAAAUUUGCUGGACAACGUUUUGGUGGCCGCUUGGAUGGACCCACAGAGCCUCAGAAGGACCGACGAAGCCUGCCUGGGUGCUGCUCUGCUGUAUGGGAACCUUGCUGGUCACCUGCGGUCCAUCCUUUGGUGCAUCUAUAACAAAGAGUGCACCUACAGCAGACAUGAUAAAAACUAUACUUAAAUACUUGAAACUUGAAUCUAAGGAACUGUAUGAAGACUAUAAGAAAAACAGCUCGGGCGAGGUGCCAAUAGACGAGUCCCUCCAGCUGCCCUGCUUCACCCUGGGCUGCGAAGCGUCCACCAACAUCUCCAUCAUCGAGGCCUACCUGGAGGAGGUCAGAAGGCUGAGCGAGAACAGAGUAGACACCUCCAGAGUCACAAAACGACUCAGCGAUAUCACGUGCUCCGACGUCAGGUGUUCCAAUUCAUCGAAACCGAGCGUCUCUGGGCCUGAUAAAUUCUAUGAGAUUAAAAGCUUCAAACUGACCGUUUUGAAACGGUUCUCAGAUUGCAUGGGAAAACUGGAGGCUAAGGACAGGAUAUGCUGAGUGAGGGGGCGGAGCUCUAGGGGAGAAUCCCCUAGUCCUCUGCCGUUCCUGUCCUCGGAGGGCUGGACUUGAGCCACAAGAAUUAACUUGAAAGGGGUAGCGCCAUUGUGACAAGCCUUGUUAUUUAUGAUAUUUUUAUUCUGUCCACU